AAUUACAAAAUCGAAACUAUAGGGGUCAGAACACAAAAGACCAAAAGUAUUGGUGCGGGUUAUUAAAUAAGAAAAAAACAUAACCAAGGACAGUAAACUAAAAAAGACAAGAGACUUCAAAAAGUCUUCUUCUGCUUUCUUUUGUUCGAUACUUUGAUUCUUUGCUGGCUUCUUCACUUUUGUUUCUUUUCACCCUUUUUUCCCCUAAAUUCGAUUGCGUUGCCUGUUUGAUCAUCAUCAUCACUUCCUCAUCCUCAAACUCGUCUCUCCGAUGAGAUCUCCGCCGUCGAUGUCACCGUCUUCCAUCUCAACGGUGAAAUCUCCACCUCCGGCAGAUACUUCAAUGGCCAUAGUGGCUUUCGAUAACUCCACAACUCACUACUCUUCUUCCUCUCCUUCGCCUCCACAUGCUCUCAGCGAAUCAGAUGAAGAAGAGAGACGUAGCAGCAGGAGAAGCAAAACUCCGGUAAAGGAAGAACCUUUCGCUUCUCUGGCUCAUCAAACUCCGUCUCCGAUCGUGGUCGUUCACAACCCUUCAGUGAAAGAGUUCGUUCCUCCUCCUGUGGCGACGACGAGGAAGAGUGCUCGCGUCGGCUCCGGGAGAAGAAACGGCGGUGGUGGGCAGCGAUCUGGAGCUGUGUUGGCGAUUCUGAAGAGGUCGAAGAGGGAAGAGGUUGUAAAGUAUUCAGCUUUAGGGUUUAGGCUAAGUGAGGUCGUGUUGGCUUUGAUCUCGUUCUCGGUUAUGGCUGCUGAUAAGACUAAAGGGUGGAGUGGCGAUUCUUUUGAUCGUUACAAGGAGUACAGGUUUUGUCUGUCUGUGAACGUGGUGGCUUUUGUAUAUUCUGCUUUUCAAGCAUGUGACUUGGCAUACCAUCUUGUCAGAGAGAAGCACUUUAUCAACAACCACCUUCGACCUCUCUUUGAGUUCAUCUUAGAUCAGGUACUUGCGUAUAUGCUUAUAUCAGCAUCAACAGCUGCAGUCACUCGUGUUGAUGAUUGGGUUUCUAACUGGGGGAAAGAUGAUUUCACCGAGAUGGCGAGUGCCUCUAUUGCUAUGUCAUUCUUGGCCUUCCUUGCCUUUGCUUGCAGUUCCCUCAUAUCAGGGUAUAACCUCUUCAACCAAGACUCUCUCUGAUCCUCCUCCCUCACUUUUUUUUGUAUAGUUAAGAGCCAAGAACACACACUCCUUGUGUCACAAUAUAUAUUUGAGAAAUAAAAGAUCAAUACGUCUUUUAUAGAAUUAUUAUAGUUAUUACAUUAUUUAUGGAUUUUUGUAGACAUAAAAGAGUUCCAGGAAACUGUGUAAUAUUUUGAGGUUAAUGAGAGAGGCUUCGAGACCUUUUUUA